AUGGAUUUUAUGGGACCGUUCCCAUCUUCUCAUGGUAACACGUACAUUUUGGUUGCAGUGGACUAUGUAUCCAAAUGGAUAGAGGCAAAGGCUACACCCACCUGUGAAUCAAAGGAAGUGGCUAAAUUUGUGAAGGCCAACAUUUUCAACAGGUAUGGGUCAAAUGGUCAAGCUGAAGUCUCGAAUAGGGAAAUCAAAAGCAUUUUGGAAAAAACGGUGAACAUCACGAGGAGAGAUUGGAGUAAGCACCUCGACGAUGCUCUCUGGGCCUACAGGACUGCUUACAAAGCACCGAUCGGGAUGUCACCUUAUAGGUUGGUGUUCGGGAAAAUGUGUCAUCUGCCCGUGGAAGUGGAACAUAAAGCAUACUGGGCCAUAAAAGAGAUGAAUAUGAGGGCGUCAGCCUGUGAAGAAGAACAGAAGCUGCAACUACAAGAACUGGAGGAGCUAAGGCUAGAGGCAUUUGACUCAGCCAUGUGGUAUAAAGAAAGAACUAGGUUCUGGCAUGAUAAAAACCUCUGGGUCAAGGAACUAAGAGUAGGGCAGAAAGUACUUCUUUUUCAAUCUCAACUCAAGCUAAUGACUGGGAAGUUAAAAUCCAAGUGGAUAGGAACAUACACGAUCGUUGGCCUUCGAGCAAAUGGAGCAGUGGAGAUCCAAGGAAGCGCCCCAAAUUCUGUUACUUUCCUAGUCAAUGGACACAGGGUGAAGGAAUAUAGAGAUAAUGCAGAUCUGCAUGUGGUGGAAGAGACGCCACUACAUGCAUCUGCUAUUAUUUCUUAA